CAAUCACGCAUGCGUAUUGGAUUCAUCUUCAAGUCUUGACAAAGUACUACGUUCUGUUCACGAGCAGUGCUAAUUUAGGCUAAAUGCAGGCGGGGUUUUUGGAUUCUGGAGGAAAAAACGGAACCACUGACUACCCAGUUUGCUGCUCCCUCCCUGAAAAUGGAAAAGCUGCAGAAAUUAAAAUUGCACUCUGGAAGCUAACUGAUGUUGAAGAGGUGUGCAGCAGAUUACCUGCCUGUUUCUGAAUCAGAGAGAUGAGGAAGCGGGGUGCGCACCAUUUAUCAACCGGCGCGGCUGGUGGACGAUUCCGAACGGCUCCGUAAACCAGAAAAUUCAGAAAAUUUCAAAUUCCAGUGGCCAGCGAAGCGGCUUCGCUCCAUGUUGGACGUCUUCUCCAGAAAAGCCAGACUUUCAUAAGAAACUCCCGGGAGGAUCCGCUCAUCAGACCUACAGCCGUAAAGAAUGAAAGUCUGAUUUCAUGUAUCAGAAAACCAACAGGGGGCGUAUCCUCUCGCGUUCCGGCGCGAUGGGAGGAGGAGGAGGAGGUAUUGGGGAUCUCCUCCUAGACAACAAACCCACAUUGAAAGCGGGGCGCAGGGAUUACCUCACGCUGCGUGCGGAGGAUAAAACGGAGGCGGCGGCUUCGGCUCGGCGCUUUUCUGCAGCGGACGCCAGCGGAGCAUCAUGCCGAGCCGCGCCGCGCGGAGCGCAGGAACUCAGCUGAUCGAUCAAAUCCGCUUCCACUGAUGUUUUCCUGCUCACGGGGAGUUUCAUGAUGGAAAAGUGAUUUUUGAGGAAUUCUGGACACGCAGUUUUGGAGACCGCCGGCGCGUAAAGUUGCCUCCUCUCCGCUCCGUGUGCGCGCUGAUCCCGCGGCUCGCCAUGGAUCAGCCUCAGCAGUGCGCUGCCGUGUGUCUGCUGAUGCUGUCUCUUGGACUCCUGACGGACAGAGCGAUCUGUCAGCACUUCUUCCUUCUCCGCCCCAUCCCCAGUGACAGUCUGCCGGUGGUGGAUUUAAAGGAGGACCCGGAUCCGGCCUUUGACCCCAAGGAGCGGGACCUUAACGAGACCGAGCUCCGGAGCAUCCUGGGAGACUUUGACGGCCGCCUGCUGUCCGUGUCGCUCCCCGUGGAGGACAAACACUCCGGCUCCGACGAGUCGGAUCACUUCGACAUCCUGAAGGCGGGCGGAGUUCUGCCGAAGGAGAUCCGGGCGGUGGACUUCGACGUGCAGAUCGGCAAGAAGCACAAGCCGAGCAAGAAGCUGAAGCGGCGGCUGCAGCAGUGGCUGUGGGCCUACACCUUCUGCCCGGUGGUCCACACCUGGACCGACCUCGGCUGCAGGUUCUGGCCUCGGUACGUCCGGGUCGGCGGCUGCGUCAGCAAAAGGUCGUGUUCCGUUCCGGAGGGGAUGGUCUGUAGACCCGCGAACUCUACCCACCUGACGGUGCUGCGGUGGCGCUGCGUGCAGCGGAAGAGCGGACUGAAAUGCGCCUGGAUCCCGGUGCAGUACCCGGUCAUCACGGACUGCAAGUGCUCCUGCUCCAGCUAGGACUGCUGGGAACUCUAACUUAUAAGCUCGGUCAUUUUAUCCUCUUUAUCCCCCCACCUGCACUACAGAGUGUAAGAAUGUAUUUCUGUAUAUGCGUGGCCAACUUCCUGUACAAAGUCAGUAUUAUUUGUAACCAGAGUCUACUUUAUUUGUGCAGAAUAUUGCUUUUAUAUAUUUUGUAUUUAUGGAGAAGUGGCGCACAGAGGCACGCACGGACUUUGUGUUGGACGAAGCGGAUCAACCUCAGAGUUGAACUAUUGAUUAUUGAUACAAUCAUGUUUUAUCCUGUAAAUUUGGGAAAUGUACUAUUUAUUCUUUAUAUUCGUACAAUAAAACGACACAGACUUGAUAAUAAAA